AUGGCGAACCGCGACAACCAGUCUGGCGCGAACCGCGGACGACUCAACUUCAUUGAUGCAUAUCCCCAUACCGCCGCCCCCACCGCCGAUGUCGUGUCUGCCUUCAUCAACGACACCAUCACGCCCGCCGCCGCUGUUCGCCCACAAGCUGCCUCGCGCGCUGCGGCUUCCUUGCUCGCCUCUGUCGAAGGCCAUGGACGACAGCUUCACCAACACCUCCGCGAGAAUCCGUCCGUUGCCGCCAAAGACAUCAGCGCAGAGAGAGGUCUUGCGACUCUCCAGCACCGUUGGGGAGCUCACCGCUGGGUUCCCGCUGCCUAUGCUCCUAGACCGCCCAUCGCCCCCCUCAUCAUCCGCAAGAUGGUCUGGAUCACCGACAAAGCUGUCAUCACCUCCGGGGCCUCUAACCCCACCAAGGCCGUAGCUACACAAGCCGCCAAGAUGCUCGCUGCUGAGCUUGCCGUCGCCGAUGCUGAGGUUAGGAGCGCCAUCAGCAACAGCAGCAGCAACAAUGACGCUUUUCUCGACUUCCGCUACGACGACGCGCGCGACGACUACAACCCCCUUUUCGGCGAUGACAAUGAUAUCCCCUUGCGCGACCACAACAUCCCCCUCGUUGGUAACGAGCCCCAUGGCCCCCCUGCCCCGAGUUCCGACGAUGACCCUUUCAGGAGCUCGCCCGCCCGCCCUGCUGUCCGGUCUGCUCCCGGCGCCGUCCGAUCCCGGCCCGAAUCCGACUCAGAGUCUGAUGCGCCCCCCCGCCAACGCCGCCGCACCAUUUCCGUCUCUUCUGACCGCGACUCCGACUCCGACUCCGACUCCGACUCCGAAGAGGCCCCCCAACCCCCGCCCGCACGCCGUGUUCGCCGCCCUAGGGCACCCCCUGCGAGCCAGGAGGAGGAGCUUGACAGGAUUGCCCAGCGCGUGUACGACACCACCAUGUCCCAGCUUAGGCAAGGCACUUUCACAUCCCGUAUGCGGCUUGCCGAUCGUCAGGACAUCGCAUGGCACGCACGAGCUGCUGUUCUCGACACCGCUGUCGCCCAAGAGGAGGGCAUUGCCGAGCCCAACAACGAACCUCGCGCCGGCCGGGCCUUUGAGGACGAGUUGAGCUCAGAGUACGAUGAGGAGUUGAUGCGAACGCCGCCGGUGCGUCGGGCUGGAACCAUGUUCACCAGCUUAGUCUUCGAUUCAGACGACGAGUAA